AUGGUGACGCUCACCCCGCCGUCCUCCAACGCCAACACCCCCACAAGGCCACUCGCUUCCCCACCUCCCCCGGCCUCCCCCACCGACGCACGCAUGGACGUCGACACCAUCACCAGCGCGACCUCGGUCGCGGGUGAGAACCCCACACCUCCCGCGGGUCCAGGUGGCAACUCGAGCGGAUCGGCGAGCAGUGGCCCAGCCUCGCCUAUCGGCUUUGACGACGCUGAAGUCGGCGACCUCGGUAUGGGCGAGGGCGGCUCGCCCCAGAGCUCGGACACGGAGGUCGAGGUUGACGAGGAGGAGGAAGCUCUCAACGUCGUCCCUGGUGCUACUCCCGCCAAGGCGACCCCAAAGCCCUCGCGCAAGAACAAGGAUCAGCUGUACGAGUCUGACAUUGUUGAACGCUGGAACGUCGAAAUCGGCGAUGUGUUCAUGCCCGUCGCCGCCCCUCGUCCUGCCCCCGCCCCUCCAACCAAGGGGUGA